AUGGAUCCACCAAACAGCAAAAGCACAAAGGCAGAGAAAGUGAACGAUUCGACGGAAGUUACCAUCGGCGACGGACGGAAUGCACCGGCCGACUUCGAGACGGCCAUCGCUGCAACUGGGUACGGGCGCUUCAACUACAUCCUGCUGCUGGUGGCGAUGCCCUGCUGCAUGACGACCGUCUUCGAGACGACCACGAUGUCGUACGUGCUGCCCAGUGCCGAGUGCGACCUGAACCUCUCGCUGGCGGAUAAGGGCAUACUGAAUGCCAUCACCUACACCGGAAUGAUAUCGUCCGCCUUCCUCUGGGGCUUCCUGUCCGACACGUACGGCCGGAAGCGGCUGCUAGUCGUGGGCUUCCUGCUGGACAGCACCUUCAACGUAUUGUGUGCGCUCAGCCAGAAUAUGGUUGCCAUAAUGGUUUUCAAAUUUAUGGGUGGCUUUGUCAUCUGCGGACCGUUCGCCGUGCUGAUGGCGUAUCUGUCCGAGUUUCACAGCCUGCAGCACCGGUCCCGAGUGAUGAUCGUGCUGGGAGUGUUCUACAGCGCUGCCAACAUGCUACUGCCUGCUCUGGCUUGGCUCAUCAUACCGCAGCCCUGGAAUCUGAUGGUCGGUGAUGGACUGCUGGAGCUCCACUCGUGGCAGAUCUUCCUGGCAGUGAGCUGCCUCCCGGGCGUACUGAGCGGUGUCAGCGUGAUGUUCCUCCCCGAGAGCCCUAAGUUCCUGAUGUCCAAAGGCCGAAACGAGCAGGCGCUUGCCAUUUUCCGCCGUCUGCACACUAUCAACAUCGGCGACCGGCAGGCGUUUCCGAUUAGCGAGCUGGUUGAUGAGCUGCGGCAGGAUCUGCCCGUGUCCGGUAAGCAGCCAGCGGCUGGUAAGGACGACCAUCGAUCCGCCGGCGGUGCUAGCGAGGGUUUUCGCCAGCUGGGUGUAAUGUUCCGGAAGCCACAUCUGAAGAACGCUUGUCUGGUGUACGGCAUCCAGUUCGGUAUCCUGCUCGGGCUCAACACAUUCCGGCUGUGGGUACCUCAGCUGUUCACCAUCAUCGAAGAGUUCGAGCACGACCAACACCAGUGGGACAUCGGUGGAACGCAGGCAACGCUGUGCGAUAUGCUGGCUUACAAGGUCAACAAAACCGAACAGCUGCAGCAGCAGUGGCUCGAGCGGGACGUCUCGAGAGCCCUACACGGACCAGACCCGGUCGCAAUGGAGCCGUUGGACGACGUCUUGCGCUGCACGGCUACGACCGAGGGCCGGGUGUAUCUUUACUCAUUAAUCAUCGGGUGCGUCGGAAUCGGUGCGUACGCGGUCACAACGGUCAUGAUUAAUUCCAUCGGCAACCGGAACCUGCUCGCGUACGGACUGUUGCUGGCCGGGUCCUGCGGGACCGCAUUGUACUGGGCCCGUAGCUCGCUCGUGACGCUGAUCCUAUCGUCUUGCUACAUUACCAUUUGCAGCAUAGCAUCGACAGCGCUUGUCGGUGCCGUGGUUGCCAUGUUUCCCACGUCUAUGAGGACGAUGGUGGUUUCGUUGACGAUGAUGUUCGGCCGGACGGGCUCUAUCAUCGGCAACGUCGUGUUUCCGUAUCUGAUGGCUCUCGGGUGUCUACCACCCUUCAUCAUGAUCGGUGCCAUUGUGAUAGUUGUCGCCAUGGUUUCGAGACUGCUGCCUCGAACGGUGAAAAAACCGCUCCAAUAAAUGGACGAGUAAACUUCGUUUAAUACUGCGACGUCUCGCAAACCCAUCAUUGCUCAAUCAAUAUUGAUUCCCACGUGCAGGCGCGUUCACCUGCGAUAGGCUAAUUGAGGCAUUAAACCACCGCACUACCAAACAACACCGCAUACGAAUUGGCUGCUUCUCGGUUCUUGGACACGCACCUCGGUUCCCAAAGCGACGUUAAAUCGUGAUGUUUUAUUAGUUAAAUUACGUGCCUAUCGGUCGAUCUAUUGUGUCUUGCAGGAAAUUAUUUACCGCCUGUCGGUGCUGGAAGCGACUCUAAUAAAGG